CUCUUCAAAAUGGCGGGAAACUUCGUCUCUCUAAACGAACCCUAAAAUUUGGGAUUGGAAAUCGUUGCAGUAAAAACAUCAUUUUGCUUUUACCGUGAUUUCUAGAGAGAGAGAGAGAAAUGUCGGAGACAGAGAAAGAUGAGAAAAUAGUAAUAGAGGAGAAAGAGAAAGUAGAAAAAGUGGUGCCGCAGGUGGAGGAGCUGCAGAAAGCUAUUGUGCGCCGGUUGGUGAAGGAUAAGCUUUCACAGUGCUCUCCCGACGUCGAAUUUAUCAUCCCCAAAGACUCCGUCGCCGUUUUCUCUGAAACCGCUCGUAUAUUUAUCCACUAUCUUUCUGCUACGGCUAAUGACAUAUGUAAGGAAGCAAAUAGACAAACGAUGAACGCAGAUGAUGUGUUUAAGGCUCUUGAAGAAAUUGAGUUUUCCGAGUUUAUUAGGCCUCUCAAAGCAUCUUUAAAUGAGUUUAAACAGAAGACUGCUGGAAGAAAGGCAGGAGUGUCAGAGCCCAAAGAAGUGGAAAAGAAAAGGAAGGUAGAAGAAGAUUCGUUAUCAAAGAAAAGCAGAGGUAAAAGCAAAGGAAAGAAAGGGAAAUGAGAGAAAAAUUAUGCCGACAACAACCAGCAAGGAAAAACUCUGUUGCUUACCCUAGCCAAGGGACAAAAGUUGGAGCAUUCUAGGUCAAACUUGUAUUGCUAAGUAGAUGGUCCGAAAGUAAGCUGUAUCAUUUAUGCCUUGAUGUCAGCUGUAGAACUGAACCUGGCUCAAUUUUAGCUCAGCGAGAAGUGCUAGUCACAAUAUUAGCCUUUUCCAGUGGCUUCUCUUUCACAGCUUCAUUGUAGGUUUUUAAAAAAAAAACUGAGAAUAUGUUCUGUUGAUUAAUUUAAUGAUAUAUUAUUGGUAGUA